AUGGUGCAAGGCGUCGCGGCCUCGUCCUCCACAUCGACGCCUCGCCCCCGCAUCGCCCCCUCGUCCACACAACGCAAGCUAGCCGCGUCACUUUCUCGUCGUCGUGGCGUCGUGUCAUCGGCGCCACAUCGCCACUUCCCCGCCACGUCAACAGGUCGCCGCCUGCCGCAUCGAAGCCUCAUCGCUCUGUGUGCACUCAUGUCCCCACCUUCUUCCCGUCUCAUAUCAGUGCCUUCCCUCUCUCAUCCUUUCCUCUCCUCUCUCAUCCCCUCCUCCCCUCUCUCAUCCCUCCAUCUCCUCUCUCGUCUCGUCCUCCUCUCUCUCAUCCCUCCCUCUACUCUCAUCCCCUCCUCCCCUCUCUCAUCCCGUCCUCCCCUCUCUCAUCCCGUUCUCCCCUCUCUCAUCCCGUCCUCCCCUCUCUCAUCCCGUCCUCCCCUCGCUCAUCCCGUCCUCCCCUCUCUCAUCCCGUCCUCCCCUCUCUCAUCCCGUCCUCCCCUCUCUCAUCCCGUCCUCCCCUCUCUCAUCCCGUCCUCCUCUCUCCCCUCCCGUCCUCCCUUCUCACCUCCCGUCCUCCCAUCUCUCCUCCCGUCCUCCCCUCUCUCAUCCCGUCCUCCCCUCUCUCAUCCCGUCCUCCCCUCUCUCAUCCCGUCCUCCCCUCUCUCAUCCCGUCCUCCCCUCUCUCCUCCCGUCCUCCCCUCUCUCCUCCCGUCCUCCCGUCCUCCCCAGACUUGCGCGCGCAUCCAGCAGCGGGGGCGCGCGGGGGGAGGGCUUAGGCCCAUCGUCCCUUUAGCUGAUCCCCCCUCUCUCAACUCGUCCUCCCCUCUCUCCACCCUUCCACACCUCACUCAUCCCGUCCUCUCCUCUCUCGUCCCGUCCUCCUCUCUCUCAUUCUUUCCUGUCCCCUCUCACGGUCCCUUUCUCCCCUCUCUCAUCCCUUCCUCUCCUCUCUCCUCCCUUUCUUCCCUCUCUCAUCCCGUGAGAGAACUCUCUCAACCCGUCCCCCCCUCUCUCGUCUCGUCCCGUGAGGCACCUUUACGAACGGAGGGGAAGCUUGGGAAAACGAGUGCACAGCACAGCUGGGGGGGGAGGGAGUGUAUGAAUGCAAGAGAGUGA